AUGAGAAGCGCUAGUGGCCGGCGCAAGCUCCAUCUCCAUCACGACUACUACGACGAUUACGAUCGAUCCAGGGCGUGCCGGCGAUGCUGCUGCAUUGGAUUCCUCCUCGUCGUCGUCCUAGCGGCGAUCGUCGCGCUCGUCCUCUUCCUCGUCCUGCGCCCCAGGCGGCCAGAUUUCUCCCUCCAGGACGCGCGCAUUGUCUCGUUUCGCGUCGAGCAGCCCGCGCCGCUCACCACUAGCGGCAUGGCGGUGCUGCUGUCCAUGGAUCUGGAGCUCACGCUGGCGGCGCACAAUCCCAACAAGGUCGGGAUCAGGUACUCGGCGACGCGGAUCUACAUCUACUACAGGCGGAAUUUCGUGGGAUUGGCGGUGGCUCCAGCGUUCUAUCAGCCGGCGCGCAGCAGCGGGCUCGUCCGGGCGUCGAUCGUCGUGGACAGGGUCAAUGUGCUCCAGGCGACGGCGGAGGAUCUGCUCCAGGACGCGGCCAGCGGGAUUGUGAAGCUGGAUCUGCGCGGGAAGAUCCCGGCGAGGAUCGUCGUGCUGGGAAUCCAGACGCCCCGGAUCGAGGUGGGGAUUUCUUGCGAGAUCGCUGUGAGCCCGCGGCAACAGCAGCUCGUGAGCAAGCAGUGCGGGGUGAAGAACGUUAAUCUCGACUAG